AUGCCGGAGACCGGAGAGGAUGUUCUGUGCUAUCAUUGUAACAACGUCUUCCCCAAGGACCAGUUUGGUCUGAUGUGCCCACGAUGUGGCUCUGACUUCACCGAGAUUUCAUGCAAGAUCGAAGGGAGCGCCGAAGAACAACAUCCAGCUGUCAAUUAUCAGUCGCAUCCUUCAAGCCCAUCGUGGCCUCCUUCGCUAUCAACACGACCCCCUCAAUCUCCACGAUCACCUCGUCAUGACACGAGGAACCCGUUUCUCGAUCAUAAUCCUUGGGCAGAGACGCCUGAUGAUGAGCCACAGGCGCUUGGGAGCGGCCCCCGGGUUAGCCGUCAGUCUUACCGCUCGUCAGAUGGGAGAGUUACGUUCACUAGCACAACGUUUACUACCGGCAUGGGAGGUCGGCAAAGAAGUCCGGCAUCACCUGAGCCAUAUGCUGCCGAUCCUCUACUUCGGAGUGUCGGCUCUAUCUUCCAAGAAUUGGCCGGGGCGUACAAUACGCCAAAUCGGCACGUUCCUCCCCCAGAUCGAGAAGACCCAUGGGAGACUCCCGGCGCGACUCGGGGCCCUCACUUACAUGAGGAUAUGUGGCGAAGGGACACAGACAGCCCACAACCACCAACCAUACCUUUCGCAAAUCUAGGCGACAUACUUGAUUUAUUGCGAACAGGCCUAGCUGGAGAUGGCUUUGAGCGUCCACGGGGAGGUAUUCACAUCAUGGGAACCGCGGGAAUGGGCCCGAUGCAUCCCCUUUCCUUACUGGCUGGCAUGCUCGGAGGACGGUUCGGAGACGCCGUCUACUCACAAGAGGAACUAGAUCGUGUCAUUUCGCAGCUUGUCGAUCAGAAUAUAAAUCAAGGAGUGCCUCCUGCUGCUGAAACUGCGAUACAGUCGUUGCCCAAGAAAACAGUUGACAAGGAGAUGCUAGGCGUGGAAGGCAGAGCAGAGUGCUCUAUUUGUAUGGAUGCGGUUGAGCUCGGGAGUGAAGUGACUGUGCUUCCAUGCAAACAUUGGUUUCACGGCGAAUGUAUUGAAAUGUGGUUAAAGCAGCAUAACACAUGCCCCCAUUGCAGACGGGGCAUCGACCAAGGAGAAAAUGCCCCUGGCACUAGAACCAAUCCAGUUGUUAUACCUAGCAGUCCGCCACAAUCCCCUCCACGACGCCCAUCCGAUCACAAUCGCGACUACAGCGGCUCAUCCUACCGUACUCAGACCCACCGUAGCAGUAGUGGUUCAUCGAUCCAAGAUCAUCAUCAGUCCUCUUCAUAUUCACGUCACACAGCUUCAGCUCCUCCAGAAUCGCCACCAGAACCUUCCAGUGGAAGUGAACCUCAAACACAGUCACAGCCAAAUAAUGGCGGCGUUACUGGCUGGCUAAGAAGUCGUUUUGGUGGUAGCUGA